CGCGCAUAUUGAGUAUUUAAAGCAGUGGGGAAGUAACUAGAACAUGAUUGCUGAUAAGGUUUGGGCUGUUUGGAGAAACAACAAACCUGUUAUCAUAACGUUGAAUUGUUUUCAAUUACAAAGUCAAUACAAUGAUUUUAACUAUAAAACCACUUCAAGGAAAGGAGUGCAAUGUACAGGUCACAGAAGAUGAAAAAGUCUCCAUGGUGAAAGAACUAGUGUCGAAACGUCUGAAUAUACCUUCAAAUCAGCAGCGAUUGCUUUACAAGGGGAAAGCCCUUGCAGAUGAACACAGAUUGAGCGAUUAUUCCAUUGGGCCAGAGGCCAAGUUAAACUUGGUGGUUCGUCCAGCAGGGGAGAGGAGUGGGAUGGCUAGCAGUAGCAGUGCGAUCAACGGAGUGUGGCAGACACUGUCCACUGUACUGGCGAAACACUUCAGCCCUGCAGAUGCAGCUAAGGUCCAAGAACAGUUAAUCAAGGAUUAUGAACGUUCACUUCGGCAACUCAGUCUGGAUGACAUUGAGCGCCUGGCCGGGCGACUGCUUCACCCAGACAGUGAGGGCAUGGACACAUCGUACAUGGAUUGAAAACCUGCCUGUCUGACUUGACGGUAUUCUGGCGAUUCAGAGAAGCAGUGGGUAAAUUUUAAAAGAGCAUGGCAGGGAAGAUUGUGUUAAUUGACUUUCAUGCUAAGAAUCCUUUGUCAGCCUGAUAAAGGUUUAAUUGUACAGGGAUAACAUGAAAGGUUGACUAUAGUGUAGCUGCAAAGCAUUCAGAUCACAGCCUGUCUUAAUGAUACUUUUCUUUGUUUUCUCCAGACAUUCCUGUACAAUUAAUAGGAUAUUUUCACUUGAUCAAAUCAGACUGAAACAAGAGCCAAUACCUUUUGACUUUUGGUCUAAAAUGAUCACUGAGUAAUUAUGGAAGUUAUUUAUAAGCAAUGUGUUGUAAAUGAAUGAUAGUUUACAGAAAACACACACAGUAAGGUUAAUUCUAGUUAAUGUUGAUCAGUGCAGUCAUUGUAUGAUGUGUAUAUAUUGUUUAUACAAGCAUUUUUUUUUUAAAUGGACUGUUUUCCCUAAAUUUCAAGUACUCACUUGGUCUAGGCCUAGCAUAAUUUUUUAAAAACUGAAUAAAGCACAAUCUACCUCAAAUAGUAUUUAGUCAUAAUUGUACCUUUUUAUUCAACUGUCAGGAAAUUAUAUUUAACAAUUUAUAUUAAGAUAUAGGGACUCUGUUAAACUUCUACUUAAAUCAACCUUAACAAUUUUUAUAUAAAAUUGAUGAGGACGUUCAUAUAGUUGUAUUUAUAUUAUACAAAGGUAAAAAAUAAGAGGUCAGAUUGUGUGUGAGAGAGAUGCUGCCUUAUCUAUGAUAGCAGGAUGUGCUUUGGCCUGCAAAUGUAACACCUUAAACUGGGAAAAGCUAUUUCAACUCCCAUCUGACAAGAUGUCCAGUUUGGAACAAGACUUGAUAACAGGAAUUUGCCUCCGACUGCAUUAUCCAUAUUAGAAAGCACACUGCUGAUCAUAUUGGAUUUUCUAGUGACAGCUUUGUUUCCUCUCUCCCCACAAACACACAGUCAAACUUGAGUCCCAUUUGUACAAUUUACAUUUCAGAUCAGCAGCUUAAAACUGUACCAUUUCUUCAUUGUUCAUGCAAAUAUGCUGUACUUAGGUCUUCACCUUGAAGAGGAAAUGUAAUAUUAGUGCAGAAAAAUGUGACACCAAGUUCUUUAAAGAGGAACCAUUAUAGUUGUGACUGCUAUGACAAACACAGAGCUAGCACAGAGACCACAAGGAAAUGGAAGGCACGUUGAUAAGGGAGAACGCAUCGGAUGUCUCCCGGACAUAACAUACAUUAUUGCAGGACUGAUGAGAGUAUCAAAAACAAAAUGUUUGACAAAUACAAAGCCAGUUGUCUUGGUGAAAAUACCGAUAUUGAUGUAACUGAUGUUUCAGUUCCUGCCACAUGAACUUCAAAGAGGAAAAACAGGGGGGGGAUUUAGCAUUUUUUGUCUGUGAUCUUGCAUAUGUGAAGACAUAAAAUGGUAGGAAUGUACAUUAUUGUAAUCCCCCCCCUUCAAUCAAACAUCAAUGUGUAUAUCUGUCAUGUUUCCUCCCUUCCUCAGCAGCUGCAGCCAUCACUAGAGGAGGCUGGUCUGUCAUCCCUCAGUUUGAUCUGAUCUGGGAAGUCAUAAGUCUCCACUUCUGACUCCUAACAAUAAGGACAGGAAAACAUGGCAGGUUAAUGCCUUAAAGUUCCAAAGUGAAUACAUUCUUGUAUCUGCAUCAAUAAAUUGUUCUUAAAGAGUGAAA